AUGGCCUCACAUUGGGAAGAGUUUUAUGCUACUCACCUGCCUCCCAGCGAUUUCGAAGACAACAGGACCCUUCUGAAAGAAUUUUGUGAAAGGCACAAUAAAUGCGGUCAAAGAAUUGUUUUAGUAACGUCUGGGGGCACAACUGUUCCACUUGAGCAUAAUACAGUGAGAUUUGUUGAUAAUUUCAGCUAUGGAACUAGAGGUGCUGCUUCCGCCGAGUACUUUUUAGAACAUAAUUAUGCUGUUAUAUUUAUGCAUCGACUAAAUUCCUUGGAACCUUUCACCAGGCACUUCAGUGGGCAAAAAUUCAUGGAUAUGCUCGAAUUACACGAGAGGGGACCAAAUACCGCUAUCACAGUUAAACCAGAUAGCGUUGAUGUCUUGGCUCCAGUACUGGCUAGUUACAAAUCCGCACAAGAAGGUGGAAGGAUAUUAUACGUGAAUUUUACAACCGUGGCAGAUUAUUUUUGGCUCUUGAGAGCUGCCUGUGAGUGCUUAGCGGCUUGUGGACCCAAAGCCGUCUUAUAUUUAGCUGCGGCUGUAUCAGAUUUUUAUGUUCCAUCCAACCAAAUGCCGACACAUAAGAUACAAUCGGGUUCUGGUGCUCCAAACAUCCAACUUCAACUGGUUCCAAAAAUGUUAGCACCCCUUGUUAGUGUAUGGGUUCCACAUGCAUACAUUGUGUCGUUUAAAUUAGAAACUGAUGAAAGCAUAUUAAUUACUAAAGCCAGAGAUUCCUUGAACAAGUAUAAACAUAAGCUGGUAAUUGGAAAUAUGCUGCAAACGAGAAGAACUAAGGUCGUUUUUGUGACGUCAGACAACAGUUACGAGGUAGUACUCUCAAGGGAGCAGAUCUUAAGCGGCAUGGAAAUUGAGGACACAAUCGUCUCCAAUAUCGUACUGAACCACACAGAGUUCAUGAAGAACCACAAGUAUUAGGUUGAGGAGGUACAACUAGUUUUUGUUUAAAACGGGGAUAGCUCAAUAUUUCCAAAUAUUAUUUUUUGUGGAGGGUGUGGUAUAAAAGUUUUAGAUAAUCAAUCAUCAGGGUAAAUUUAAAUUGAAUCCUAGUAGAGGGCGUAGAAAAUGACAUCUGUUAGUGUUAAUAAAAGUGUAGGAUUUCCUGUUGCUCGAUAGGUAUUGUCCGUGAAAUGAAAGAAUACCCCGGAUGGUUUUAUGCAGCCAAUCAUAAUAUUGACCAAUUGUAAUGCAGGCAUUAUUAACAUUGUGUUCACUCGCAAAGUUCGGCAGUGUGAUAGUGCAAGAUGUGCUGUCGAGACUUAUUGUGGUCCGCUGGUCUUCGACGACUUGGCUGUGAUUUUCUGAUCUAUGAAUCUGAAAAAUGCCGCUUACGAUUUGUGUAAAGCAACUUAUGGGUGUUGUCUUAGCUGAUGCUUGGCUUCGUCUGGUCUUCUCUUAUUUCGCGCACUGUACAAGGUGAUUCGAUCCAAUAAACUAAGUAAGGAUGGGAGAGCCAUUUAGAUCAUCCCGAAGAAUUAAAAAAAUAUUUAAUGGGAACGUUUAUGCGAAUGAAAUGAAUGAACGAUUUGGAUAAAGCUAGUCUUCCAAUUUUUCUAAUGGACUUUAAAAAACAUCUUAUCCGUUUGUAAUGAAAUAAACGAAGAACGUUUUAGAGGAUUACAACAUGGUAUAUUCUCAUGGCAUAAACAAUGAUUCAUUGCUCUCUCUCAUUAUUUUUUUAAAUUGUCGAAUUUCAGUCUUCCCUUUUUUGAAUUUGUGAUCACAUUUCACAUAUCUUUUUUAGCAUUAAGUAUGUGUGCAAUUCAAUAUUACACUGCUGUAGAAUAUGAUAGAUCGUCGAUGUGUGUUAUAGGCGGAUAUAAUUUCGCUUAAUGCGUUCUAUCAAUUAAUUUCAUUUAAUUGCACCAAAUAAAAAUCGGUUCAAAUCAUAAAUAAGUUAAAAAUUUCGAACCAACUGUUAAAUUACAAGGCAUGUAGUUGUUAUAGGUGAAAUAUUGCAACACUGUACUAUCCUGCAUGUUCUUUCUUAAUCACAGUUGCUAGUAUCGUAACUAAUGGCGUUCCAUCAGUUCAUACGUAAAUCAUGAUGGAGAAUGACUAUUUUUAUAAAAGGAAACUAAGAAACUUUAUUUUAACAAUAAUUACUGCAACAAAAUGUUAGCGAAAAAAUUUUGUUUGAUGGAAUAAUGUUGAGGGUUAGUAUACCAUUACUUACAUUAAGUGUAACGCGAAAACAGAUGAAAAUCAUACUUAAAACACACAUUUAUCGAAGUACCUGCAGAUUAUUCACUGACUUCUCCAGUAAAAAUGUGGUUUACAGCACGAUUUAAAAUAAUGCCAAUUCUUGUAUUAAAUACAUAUCAAACAAUUACAUAUAAAAAUAAUUCAAAAUGCGCUUUACAAUGUAAUAGCUUCUGAACAUGAACGGCUCGCAAAAAUUAAACUGGUCAUAAAGAAGCGUGGAAUCUUUUUUUUUAGAUCCACAUAGUCAAUUUUUAUUUUUACUCAUUUUUUAUGUUCAAAGGAA